AGUCUGCAGCUGCCCUCGGAAGUGAACAGUAAAAAGAGAAACAACAAGGACAGACUCUGCCUAGCGAGCUAUAAUGUCCGUUUAAAACAUCUACAGAGGAACAGCUCCCGACAUAUUUGCUUCGCUGCUGUUUCAGAGCUGUGCUAAAACGUUCCACGGCAAGAGUUUUAAAACAUUUCUAGUAAAAGUGUGGUGCACCUGCCUGUCCUCAUGCAGUGAUGGUCAGGGUUAAUAACCGUCCAUGGCAUCAUGCUUAUGUCUCACUUGUGCAUAUGAAGAAGUGGUUGGCACCAAAUGUGCUGCUGCACUAACCUGAGCCUGACUCAUUUGUUCUCUUGAAGAUCAGUGGAGCCCGUUACAAGUGAUGACGGGUCCCUGAGCCUUCUCAGUUUAGGCAGACUUCGGGUUUUCGAGAAGGACGGACGUCAUGGCUGGACAGUGGGAUCCAGUGGACAUAAGCGCUGGGAUUUCUGUGGGUGAUGUCCCAAUGAAUGACCAAAUAUGUGAAGAGACUUGCUAUGGAUCCCUUUCCUCCCAUUCUGUCCUUAGUCAGUCACAGACAAAGGAAAGCGGUGAUCCAGCAUCCGAGGAGGUGCUGGACAGUCUACAGCAAGAAGACUCUGGUUACAUGGAAGCGGUGGAGGAUAAGGAGAAAGCGGAAGAAAGUGGAUAUACAAGAACAAAUGGCAGGAUGGAUCAGCUGGAAGAAGACGAGAAUAGUGUGUUUAAUGAAAUUGAUGAUGAGAAAGGAUGCAGAAAUGGAGCAAAGUUCAACAGCGAGUCUGGCUCUCGGAAUUCUGCAUCAGCGAAGAAAGGAAAGUCCAGAAAAAGUGGAUCAGGCUCAGGGCCAGCUGAGCAGUGUUCGUCAUGGACAUCCCCAUCAUCCCUUUCCUAUAAAUCCUGUCUGUCCUCCUCUGGAUCGAGCAGGCACAAGCAGGUCCGUCGACGGAACCACCACCAUCACAACCAGGGCCGCUUGAGAAGGCAGACCGGCGCCCAGUUGAUGGCAGCGUUCCGGGAUUUCUUAGCGGAGUCAGUCAGCCCGUGGACUAUUUCCUGUAUCCACAUGGUAGUGGACCUCAUUGUGUCUUUGACCCACCGCUGUGGGAUCGCUGUAGAAUCAGGAGCAGUUGCACUUUACGACUUUGGCUCGCUUGUGUUCUUCAAGGUCACGGAUAUCGCCGGAAUGAAGCAGGAUCUAAGACGAAUAGCGGACUGGACCUGGUGCAUGGGUGCGGCUCUUGUGGUUUGGGUUAGUAAGGCCACAAGCAUGGCCCGACGAGGCAUUGUGUCCAGUUUUGGUCUCCUGAGUGUAGCAGUGUGCUUGGGCGCCCGAUUGAUCAAGAGUGUCUUGGAAAGGCUGGGUGGAGAAAGAGGAAGGCGAUGGUGGCUUGCUCUUCAGAACUGCUGGGUGUGGAAGAAAGGGGCCAUGAUUAUUGGAAGGGUUGGAGGAUGGUUCUGUAAGCGCAGCUCCUCAGACGAAACAUCAAAUCCAGAAUCUCCCUACAGAGAUAAGUGUCAGCCUGGACAAGAGCUUGAGAGACUGCUGGCACUGGCGCAGGUCCCUGAAGAUGAGCUGGACCCGUUUAACGUCCUGGGUGUGAACACCCAUGCCACAGAGUCUGAACUUAAGCGGGCCUAUAGACAGCUGGCUGUACAGGUCCAUCCAGACAAGAACAAGCACCCACGUGCUGGCGAGGCUUUCAAAGUCCUUAGAGCUGCAUGGGACAUCGUCAGUAACCCAGAGACAAGACGGGAGUAUGAACUGAAGCGAAUGGCAGCAACAGAGCUAUCCCGAUCAAUGAACGAGUUCCUGACAAAGCUGCAGGAUGACCUGAAAGAAGCCAUGAACACCAUGAUGUGCACCAAAUGUGAAGGCAAGCACAAGCGCUUUGAGAUGGACCGGGAGCCCCAUGAAGCCCGGUUCUGUGCUGAGUGCAAUAAACGACACAGUGCUGAGGAGGGAGACCUGUGGGCAGAGUCCAGCAUGCUGGGCCUGCGGAUCACAUACUUUGCCUUUAUGGAUGGCAAAGUCUAUGACAUAACUGAGUGGGCUGGUUGCCAGCGGAUAGGGAUCUCUCCUGACACACAUCGUGUGCCCUAUCACAUCUCUUUUGGUUCUAAAAGUAACAGUGGCACCAACCGCCAUAGAUCCCCUUCAGACCAUCCGCCAGGUGCAGGCUCACCUGCAGACCUACAGGACUUCUUCAACCGUAUCUUCCAGGGGGGUUCUCCCGGUGAUGCUUCCUCCAACGGUGGGUUCUUCCCCUCAGGAACGCCUCCCCAUCAUCCCUCAGGGGCUGGCACAGGGACUGGUGGACUGUUUUCAGGUCCCCCUCCCCAGCCAGGUUUCUUUAACCCUGGGGCGCAACGAGGAGACCCUAGUGAAUGUUGGACUGAAGGAGGAAAACACCCACGCCGGCGGAAGAAGGCACGCAAGCCUUUCCAGCGCUGAGUGGUGCCAUAGCGUGCUCCGACGACCUUGCAGGAGGAAGACGGACUGCAGCAGAGCGCUGCCACGGCCUGGCCUGACGGACUUGUGCCGGGGCACAAGGACAAAAUGGGUUGGGUUGACCUCAGAAGAAUGUUUCAGUGUUGGUGUGUCGAAUCUUCUCGAUGCCAACAGGAACUAGCUGAAAACUGUGCUCUGUUUGAGAAGGCUGGCGAAGGAAAAGAUCUACAAUUGUAGCCUUUUUGUCGGAUAAUUUUCAAGCCCUUUCUUUUUUAUUUGUGUCUGGAAAGGCACAGCUUGCCCAUGCCACUCGUUCCACAGGUUUAUUGUGUUAAAUGAUUUGCAGAAGUUAAAUUUCCAUGGCCUUUCGUAUGUUUUUGUCAUGCACAGUUAGAUGAUGGCAUGGUUUUUCAUGAUGAAGUUUGCAUAAUUUUUUUGCCAUUCUUUGUAAAAAAUUUUUGCAUCAGUGUUUAUGAUUCUUCUGUCGACCAUGAAUACACCUCAGGGAUGACUAUGGUGCGGUCACAGUUGGUCUGCGGAGAACAGAGAGAAGAAGCUGAUGAUCUGAAAGGCAGUUCAGAAUUUGAAAUAUAAGUGGAAUUUGCACAGAGUACAAUAAUGAUAGUCCACAGCCUUCUGAGGAUGGUCAGGAGGAACGCUACUCUGUCAUUACUCUGCCCAAACUCACAGCAGUUCACUUCUGUUUACACUUGAAUGAAUUUUGAAUUACUUUAUUGUUCUAG